AUGGAGGCCACGUACGAGACUCUUAACCUGAUCAAGGAUGGCAGCAUUCUCAUCGUCACUAUCAACAACACCAGGAGCGAGGUCAACUUAUUCCGCCAGCAGACUGCUGUCGAGCUGAACAUAUUGAUUACUUCUCUGCAGAAUGACACCUCCACCAAAGUUGUCAUCUUCAAGAGCGGCAACCCGAAAUUCUUCAUUGCUCAUUUUGAUGUCAUCCCCGUGCCAGGUAAGUUCCUGUCGCCCUUCUGCGUACAGAGUCACAGAAAUGCUAACUUGAAGAUCCCCAAAGGUGAGCCGGAUCCUACGGCAAUAGACGCUGCAGCCUUCAAUGGGAGAGUCUUUCAGGCGAUGAGCAACCUCCCACAGCCAGUCAUCGCAAUGAUCGACGGCCCUGCUCGUGGCGCGGGAAACGAGUUCCUCGUGGCUUGCGAUAUGCGUUUUGCGUCCAAGGGAGCCCGGUUCAGCAACUUUGAGGGAACUCUCGGACUACACCCUGGGUCUGGCGGGGCUGCGUGGAUGCCCCUACACAUCGGACGAGGCCGCUCUAUGGAGUUUCUCCUUUCUGGAGAGGAUAUAGAUGCAGAGACUGCGGAACGCUACGGCUACGUGAACAAGGCCUUUGAGACAUCAGAAGAGAUGCACGAGUACGUCAUGAAGCUGGCCAAACGCAUUGCCCUCUUUCCGCUUAAUGGGCUGGCCAGUAUUAAGAAGACAGUCACUACACUAAUUCAGCCAAGUGCCGAGCUGAUGGCUUCCGAAGCUGUUGAAUGGAACCGGUUGUUGGCUGAGCCGGAACAGGCAGGACUCGUUGGAGAGUUUAUCAAGAAGAGCGGAAAUUUGACAAGCGUGGAGUUCGAAUUGCAUGUUCCGGAUGAAGUGGCCAAGCUAUAUGGUAAGUGA